UAUAAAUGUCUAUGUGUAAUCCGUGGGUUGUGUGCUCUUGAUCAGCCUCUAUUUCGAGAAGUGACAUUCAGUUCUAUGUGGUGCAGAGUCGUAUGAGUUUCUUCCAAGUAAUUGCACAUGAAUUUGUUAAGUUCAAAUUAGAUACCAAAUUAAUGAAGAUAGUUUUCAAGGUAGACAAAGGUGCUGUUAGAUUUUAUAAGUUAAAGGCGAAAUAUAAUUUUUUAUGAUUAUUUCAUCUUGCCCAUUAGUUCAUAAUUUCAGUACUGACCCACAUUUAUCGUGCAUUUAUUGCCUUGUGUUGACAUCUCUGAAAUACUGAAGAAGAAAUAUUAAAUAUACAAAGAAUAAUUACUCUGUCGGUGUCACGUGGUCAAAUUCCCGACUAUGACAUCGGCAUCCUCGGAACUGAAACUGAAACGGUUCCUUCAUUAUGGGCGUGAGACAGCUUUAUAUCAGCCAGGUGACCGUUAUGCAAAUAAGUACUUUGAACCAGGCAAUGUGACUUCUAUAGAGGCGCUGAUAGCUGAUGGUAAAGAUACUGAUCCAGUUGCUCACAUUGUUAAGGCAUUCAGUGAUGGUUAUUCUGCACAUCCACAAUCAUUAGUGUAUGCUUUAGCAUUGUGCGCCCGUCAGCAGACAAGUGAACAAUUGCGUGCAGCUGCUUACAAUGCCCUUAAGACGGUGUGCAAAGCCCCUAUCGAUUUCUUCCUGUUCAUUAAAUUUGCUCAUGAUCUCUCACAGUCAAAUUCAGGUUGUGGUCAUGGCUGGCGACGUGUGGUAAUUGAUUGGUACUUGAGGAAGGAGCCAAUGGAAUUAUGUGAAUGUGUAACAAAAUUCCGUGGUCAGUAUGGUUGGACGCACCGGGAUAUCAUUAAGCUGUCUCAUCCGAAGUCAGCGGAUGUUGCAAUGGCUGCAGUAUUGAAGUAUGUUAUCCAUGGCUUGAAGGAUGCCAAGAAGGAGUUUGCGGACAAACCUGAGGCACAACAAGUGAUGACUUACCUGCAGACCAUUGAGGAUUUUAAGCAUUGUGAUGAUGAACAUAAUGCUGCAAGGCUCAUAGAAAUGCACUCUCUCACACUUGAACAUGUUCCUGCUCACUUUCUGAAAUCAAAGCAGGUGUGGAAUGCGCUGAUACCUAAUCUGUCACUGGGAGUGUUGCUACAGAAUCUGAAACGACUUGGACGGCUGUGGUUUCUUAAAGGAAAUCAACCCAUUGUGGCUAAAAUACUGGAUGCUUUGAAUGACCAGUCAGCUAUUGGUGAAUCAAACCUGCAUCCAGCUCAUGUGUUUGUGGCACUUCGCAACUAUGAGAGUCUGGGAAGGCCAACAGCAUUUGUGCCUCGAACAUCUCAAUCAGACACUAAAACAAAAUCAACACCACAGCCACACCCAAAAAUCAUAGAGGCUUUGAACCAACUGUUAAUGUCUACUUUUACGUUACUAGUACCAACAGGGAUGCGUUACUUGGUGGCAAUUGAUGUGAGGAACCAGAUGGUGCAUGGCAAGUGUUGGCAUUGCCUUACCAUUUCACCAGCACAGGCAGCUGUCUUGAUGACUCUGUGUCUAGUAAAAGCAGAACGUGAUGUGACAGUGGCUGCGUUUGGUGCAGAAGGUUCGAUGCAACCAGUGGAACUGGGCAAGAACAUCUCAAUGCAGGAAACACAAAACAGAUUGAAAGAGAUACCAAAUGGGCCUGUAGACCUGUCUCAGCCUAUCUUGUGGGCCAUGAAAUUGAAGAAACUAGUGGAUGUGUUCAUUAUCUUGACAGACACUCAGGUGAAGCAAGGCAAAUCCAAUGCCGUUAAUAGUCUGCAACAGUACCGUACUGCUCUCAACCUUCCCAACGCGAAAUUGGUGACCUGUGGUUUGGGCAUUUCAAAGUUUGCCGUGGCGUGCCCCGAUGAUCCUGGUAUGUUGGAUGUGGCAGGCUUUGAUGCUGAGGUUCCGCGUGUUGUGGAAGCUUUCUCCAGGGGAGCUUUCUAAACACAAGUUGAUAUCCAGCUUGGUUGUUGAAAAGAGACUGCAAACAUUGUACUGUGCAGUAUAUUUUUAACCCUUUCGUUACAGCUUCAACCAAAGCAAGUCUUCUCUUCUCUGUUUCAUUUCUGAAACAAGAGAUGUGAAAGGAGAGACGUGUUUAGUUAAAAUGUUAGCGUUGCAUUUUGAAAGUACCAUAUUUUUCCAUAUUUUAGGUAUUAGUCCUAGUGGGACCUUGCCAUUUUAAUGAAUGCUGCAUUACUGCGAUUCACGAUGAUCUGAAUUCCACGUCUCGUAAUAUUUGUAUGAAUUGUGUAAAAUUAUAAAGAGUUAGCGAAAAUGGGUCAGACAUCCAUGAAGAAGUGAGAAUGUACAUAUGUAUAAAUAUUUGUUCAUGAGGCAGAAAUCUCUUUGUGUGGUCUGCAUAAAAUUAUAAUUUCUGAUAAUUAUCAGAAAGGAAAAAGAAUAAAGAUAUUUU